AUGGAUUUGUACAAGACUAGUUCUUUGGAGCUGCUUCUUCCCCCUCGCUUUGUCUCGGCAAUCUCCAGGCCAAUUGUGCUGUUUGGCUUCGCUUGUGCAUUCCUAUUGUUCCAACUUUUAUUUUGGACGGUCCGGUACUCCCGUAAACAUACAAAACUUCCUGCCAAUAUCCCUGGUCCUUCGGGUUGGCCACUUAUUGGGAUUGGGCUGGAUCUACCUGCCCGGCCUCGGCAGCUGUUGAACCGCUGGACGGCGCAGUAUGGGGAUACCUUCAAGGUGCGCGUGGGUUGGUAUAACUGGGUGUUCUUUAACAGCCCAGAUGCAGUCAAGGAAGUACUUGAUAGACAGGCUGCCAUCACAUCAGGCAAGCCGCCCCUCCCCAUCGCACAGGAGUAUUGUCUGCGGGGUGAGGAAGUGCUGCCCAUGACCUACAGUACGAAAUGGAAGCGGCUUCAUGCGUUUCUGAAGCAACUUCUCAAUGCCAAGGCGUCCGCAGCAUUCAUCCCAAGUCAGGAGUUUGAAAUCAAGCAACUCCUCUCGGAUCUCAGCCACGAAGCGAAUCACGAGGACCGCAACACCACCGACUUCUACAGACACAUCCGCCGCAUGACUUUCUCCAUUGUCAUGACAUCGGCCUACGGGCUCCGAAUCCCGAAGUGGGACUGCCAGGAAGUCCGCGACGUCUACGGCAAUAUGCGGAUGCUGUCCAUCAUCCUGACCCCCGGAGUCUUCUGGGUCGAUGUGUUCCCGCUCCUGAACUGGCUGCCGCGGUUCCUGUUCCCCUCGUGGCCAAAGGCCAAGUUCAUGGCUGAAAAGAUGCACGGCAAUAAGAUGCGCCACUGGAACAAUCUGAAGGAGCGUAUCGCCGCGGGUAACGCCCCGGAGUGCUUCGCCAAAGAUCUCAUGGAGUCGAACUACCGCGAAUACGGUCUGGAGGAGGAGAGUAUCUCAUUGUUGGCCAGCGCUGUCCCCGAAGCAGGGGCCGAGACGACCGCCAGCGCGCUGAACGGCAUGAUACGGUACCUGGCAAUGUUCCCAGAGGCGCAGGCGCGAGCACACGAGGAGGUGACGCGGGUCCUGGGUGAUGGUCGCAUGGCCACCUUAGCCGACGAGCCCCGAAUGCCUAUAUCAGAGCCGUUAUCAAAGAGACCCUAUGGCUGUGUCCGGUCGCUACGACGGGGCUGCGGCGGUACUAUUCUCCUCGCCAAUCUGAACGCUCUGCACUGGGACCAGGAGCGCUUCUCAGAUCCCUUUAGCUUCAAGCCUGAGCGCUACCUUAAUCACCCACAGCGUUCCGCUGUUUACGCCGCGGGUGGCGAUAUCUUCGCCCGCGACCAUUUCACCUUUGGCGCGGGCCGUCGUAUUUGCCCAGGGAUUCACUUGGCUGAGAAUGGGCUUUUCUUGGCGGUCGCCAAUCUCAUCUGGGCCUAUGAGUUCCGUUUGCCGCUGGAUGAUAAGGGGAACGAGGUCCCCUUGGAUAUCGGCGAUGAAGGCUUUAUGGAGGGCGCGAUCCGGGUGCCGAAGGAGUACCCGGUGCGAAUCCUUGAGCGUACUGCAGCUCGAUUGGACCUUGAUACGGCAACAGUGGGAUGA